UUUUGCUAUAGCCUAACAGUGCCUGCCUACCAUACACCUGUGACAGUGCGCGUUUAACGGGGUCGAGUCUUCGGUGCUUUUUCCCUUCUCUCGCAGUGACAGAACAAGUCAAGUGCCCCGCCCCUCCGUGCGCUCCAUAGGCAGGCAGGCAGCACACCCGCCGCACCGAGCGAGCCCAAACGUCUGUAACGGAGAAGAUGGCAGAGCGGCAACAGCAGAAAAACGAAGGCAGGGUAAAAAUUGGCCAUUAUAUCCUCGGCGACACGCUCGGAGUGGGAACAUUCGGGAAAGUGAAGAUUGGCGAGCAUCAGUUGACAGGCCAUAAAGUGGCUGUAAAGAUCCUAAACAGACAGAAGAUCCGCAGUCUCGAUGUUGUUGGGAAGAUCAAACGAGAGAUCCAGAACCUCAAACUGUUCAGACAUCCACAUAUUAUCAAGCUGUACCAGGUGAUUAGUACACCCACAGAUUUCUUCAUGGUCAUGGAGUAUGUGUCUGGAGGUGAGCUGUUUGACUACAUCUGCAAACAUGGACGGGUGGAAGACACAGAAGCUCGCCGUCUUUUCCAGCAGAUUAUUUCAGCUGUGGACUACUGCCACAGGCACAUGGUGGUCCACAGAGACCUCAAACCUGAGAACGUCCUGCUGGAUGCCAGCAAGAACGCCAAGAUAGCCGACUUCGGUCUGUCAAACAUGAUGUCAGAUGGAGAGUUUCUACGGACGAGCUGUGGCUCACCCAACUAUGCUGCUCCAGAGGUCAUCUCAGGAAGGCUCUAUGCAGGCCCAGAGGUGGACAUCUGGAGCUGUGGCGUGAUCCUGUACGCCCUGCUGUGCGGCACUCUGCCCUUUGAUGACGAGCACGUCCCCACGCUGUUUAAGAAGAUCAGAGGCGGCGUCUUCUACAUGCCAGAGUACCUGCCUCGCUCAGUGGCCUCGCUGCUCAUGCUCAUGCUGCAGGUGGACCCUCUGAAGAGAGCCACCAUCAAAGACAUCAGGGAAGAUGAGUGGUUUAAGCAGGACCUGCCAGGCUACCUAUUCCCUGAGGACCCGUCCUACGAUGCUUCAGUCCUGGACGAGGAGGCCGUCAGGGAAGUGUGUGAGAAGUUUGAGUGCACUGAGUCGGAGGUUGUGUCCAGCCUUUACAGCGGGGAUCCACAGGAUCAGCUGGCAGUAGCCUAUCACCUCAUAAUAGACAACCGGCGCAUCAUGACCCAGGCCAGCGAGUUCUACCUGGCCUCCAGUCCUCCCCAGGGCUCCUUCAUAGAAGAGGGCAUGCUGCUGCCCCCCGGAGUUAAACCCCACCCAGAGAGGAUGCCUCCGCUCCUGGCUGACAGCCCCAAAUCUCGUUGUCCUCUGGAUGCUCUCAACACCACCCGGCCCAAACCGCUGGCAGUGAAGAAGGCCAAAUGGCACCUGGGUAUCAGGAGUCAGAGCAGACCCUAUGACAUCAUGGCUGAAGUGUACAGGGCUAUGAGACAACUUAGCUUUGACUGGAAGGUGGUGAACCCGUAUCACCUGCGAGUGCGGAGGAAGAAUCCGGUGACGGGAACCUUGGUGAAAAUGAGCCUGCAGCUGUACCAGGUGGACAGCAGAUCCUACCUCCUCGACUUCAAGAGCAUCGAUGAUGACAUCAUGGAGGCGGUGGGCUUUAAGUCGGGGUCGUCCACUCCCCAGCGGUCGGGCUCCACAGCCGGUCUCCACAGACCCAGACUGAGCAUCGACUCGGCCAGCCCGGCGUUUGAUCUGCCCCAGCUCAGCUCCUCCCUCCCUGGGUCCCUGUCCGGUAGCUCCCCUCUACUCUCUCCCCGCCAGGGAUCACACACCAUGGACUUCUUCGAAAUGUGCGCCAGUCUGAUCACCACGCUGGCGCGCUGAGACCCGUCCACUCCUGACCUCGCUGUAAUCUGGAUGUCAGUGGGGUUUCUAGGCAAAUCGCUGAUCUGGGAUGUAGGGAGUGUAGAUGUCUGGAGCGACUUCCUCUCUCUGUCUCCUCUCCAUCUCUGUUCUAGUUGUAUUGGACUGUAAGGCUAAAAAGCUCACUGUCACCUCAGAUUAAGGAGACAUAGAGAGGAAUCCUGUUUUGUUUUGUUCAGAAAGUCGGAUUAGUAAAGACCAGCAAAGUGAGCGGCAGCAGGUCACAGCUCUCAGUCACUCCUCCCACAAAUAUAUUCAGUCUAUUAUCAACUGCUGAAAUGCCAUCACCCACCAUAACACUUAAUGAUGGGAAAUCCUGCUGAGUUUGCCCCAGACGCUGAUCGGAGGUCAGUUUUGCUUCUUGUCUUAUAUUUUCAACAAGGCGCUGGUUGUUAAAAAUUACAUUAAAUCUGUGUUCUGAGCGAUC